AUACUUUGAUUAUUGCGUAGCAGCAUGUUGAGUCAAGUUGGCCGCUCUGGGUUCCAGCCCUUCAUCCAGAACCUUCUGCCCCGGAUACAGUCUACAGCUCUCUCCAGAGCUCACCGUGUCCAGCCAUCAGCCAUCAGACAUGCCCGUUGUUGGAGCAACAUCCCCUUUAUCACUGUCCCCCUCAGUCGUGCUCAUGGCAAGUCUUUUGCCCACCGCAGUGAGCUGAAGCAUGCCAAGAGAAUAGUGGUGAAACUUGGAAGUGCUGUGGUGACCAGAGGGGAUGAGUGUGGCCUGGCAUUGGGGCGCUUGGCAUCCAUCGUUGAACAGGUGUCCGUGCUUCAGAAUCAAGGCCGAGAGAUGAUACUGGUGACCAGUGGCGCUGUGGCCUUUGGCAAGCAACGCUUGCGCCAUGAGAUUCUUCUGUCGCAGAGUGUACGGCAGGCACUGCACUCGGGGCAGAACCAGCUGAAAGAAAUGGCCAUCCCAGUCCUGGAAGCUCGAGCCUGCGCCGCAGCGGGACAGAGUGGGCUGAUGGCCCUGUAUGAAGCCAUGUUCACGCAGUACAGCAUCUGCGCUGCCCAGAUUUUGGUAACCAAUUUGGAUUUUCAUGAUGAGCAGAAGCGCAGGAACCUCAAUGGAACGCUUCAUGAGCUCCUCCGAAUGAACAUCGUUCCCAUUGUCAACACGAAUGAUGCUGUGGUCCCCCCAGCUGAGCCCAAUAGUGAUCUUCAGGGGGUAAAUGUCAUUAGCGUCAAGGAUAAUGAUAGCCUGGCUGCUCGGCUGGCUGUGGAAAUGAAGACUGACCUCUUGAUUGUCCUUUCAGAUGUAGAAGGCCUCUUUGACAGCCCACCAGGGACAGAUGAUGCAAAGCUCAUUGAUAUAUUUUAUCCUGGAGACCAACAGUCUGUCACAUUUGGAACCAAAUCAAGAGUGGGAAUGGGUGGCAUGGAAGCCAAGGUGAAAGCAGCCCUCUGGGCUUUGCAAGGUGGCACUUCUGUGGUUAUUGCCAAUGGGACCCACCCGAAGGUGUCUGGGCACGUCAUCACAGACAUUGUUGAGGGAAAGAAAGUUGGCACCUUCUUUUCUGAAGUAAAGCCUGCAGGCCCCACUGUUGAGCAGCAGGGGGAAAUGGCUCGGUCUGGAGGAAGGACAUUGGCCACAUUGGAUCCUGAGAAGAGAGCAGAAAUCAUCCAUCAUCUGGCUGAUCUGUUGACGGACCAGCGUGAUGAGAUCCUGUUAGCCAACAAAAAAGACCUGGAGGAGGCAGAGGGGAGACUGGCACCUCCUCUGCUGAAGCGCCUGAGCCUCUCCACAUCCAAACUGAAUAGCCUGGCCAUUGGCCUGCGGCAGAUCGCAGCCUCCUCACAGGACAGUGUGGGGCGUGUUUUGCGUCGGACCCGAAUUGCCAAGAACUUGGAACUAGAACAAGUAACUGUCCCCAUCGGCGUCCUCCUGGUGAUCUUCGAGUCUCGCCCCGACUGUCUGCCCCAGGUGGCAGCCUUGGCUAUUGCAAGUGGUAACGGCUUGUUACUCAAAGGAGGGAAGGAAGCCUCGCACAGUAACCGGAUUCUUCACUUCCUGGCCCAGGAGGCCCUCUCGAUCCACGGAGUCAGGGAUGCUGUCCAGCUGGUGAAUACCCGAGAAGAAGUGGAAGACCUCUGCCGCCUUGACAAAAUGAUUGAUCUCAUCAUCCCACGUGGCUCCUCACAGCUGGUCAGAGACAUCCAGAAAGCGGCGAAGGGCAUUCCAGUGAUGGGGCACAGCGAAGGCAUCUGCCACAUGUAUGUGGACUCUGAGGCCAGUGUUGACAAAGUCACCAGACUCGUCAGAGACUCCAAAUGUGAGUAUCCUGCCGCCUGCAAUGCUCUAGAGACUCUCUUAAUCCACCGAGACCUGCUGCGGACGCCUUUAUUUGACCAGAUCAUUGAUAUGCUGAGAGUGGAACAGGUAAAAAUUCAUGCAGGCCCCAAGUUUGCCUCCUACUUAACCUUCAGCCCCUCCGAAGUGAAGUCCCUCAGGAUCGAGUAUGGGGAUCUGGAAAUGUGCAUUGAAGUGGUGGACAGUGUCCAAGAGGCUAUCGACCACAUCCACAAGUAUGGCAGCUCCCACACAGACGUCAUCGUUACAGAGAACGAAAAGACAGCGGAGUUCUUCCUCCAGCACGUGGAUAGUGCCUGUGUGUUCUGGAACGCGAGCACGCGCUUUUCUGAUGGCUAUCGCUUCGGGCUAGGAGCUGAAGUGGGAAUCAGCACAUCUCGAAUCCACGCCCGGGGCCCCGUUGGACUGGAAGGGCUUCUCACAACCAAGUGGCUACUGCGAGGGCAGGACCACGUGGUCUCAGAUUUCUCGGAGCAUGGGAGUCUGAAAUACCUUCACGAGAACCUCCCGGUUCCCCAGAGAAACACCAACUGAGAGCCUUCCGAGAAACCCAGAAGACCCCGAAUGUUCCGCAGCAGCCU